GGCAAGGUGCAUUGCAUAGGUUGAUUGUACAAACGCCACCUGUACAGACCUAGGUACGGACGUCGCAUUUUCGAAUUACAGCUGGAAACAGACCUUCAUGAUGACAAUGGACCCGUUGAAAUCGGCGAUGUCCAUCGGGAAUGUGGAUGAGACAUCUCUUGCUUUGCCGUCCGAUAACAAACUUCGGUCCAAACAGCAACGAGUCUUGGAUCAGGUGCAAACCAUCAAGAGGGGCAAGUCGAAGUACAGUAAAAAUGGAUCUCUGUCGUCGCCAACGAGUAAGCAGAGGCCUAAUUAUUAUAAUAAAACAUAGAUAGCCUAAUAAGUUAUUUGUAUGGUAUUUGAAUUGACCUAAAGUCCAAUCUGGUUAUCGUUUCAUAUUUUUUGACACUAACACAUUCGAUUUGCAUUGUUGUGAAUGAUUUAGCUUAUUCAUUGUCAAAUAUGAAAGCAGCAUACAUAAGAUAUCAGCAACUUCACUGUUGUAAAGUCUGUUAAGUAAACAAAGUGUUUAGGCCAACUGAUGUACAUUUAGAAUUAUUUACUAUUGAACCAAACAAAUAGCAACUUAUUGAUGUUGAUUUUAUGGAGCGAUUAAAGCAUCACAUUUGGUAGAGAUGCUCUUUGGGAUGCAUUAAUUGAUAUUAGAAGCACACAACCCAAUAUAUGGCCACCAAUACUGAAUCAGAUUUUGGAAAUGUGAUAGUAGUGUUGACUUUUUUUAGCCAUAUAUAAUACAAAUCUUGUGUAUUUGUAAGUAGCAGUGGAGCAGUCUUAUAUUUCAUAGCCAACCUGCCUGAAGUGGCAGAAAUGGCCAGGAAACACCUGAAAUCAACCUGUAAACCACUCAAAUGUUGUUGAACUACUACCUGAACCACCUCAACAAAUGUCUUAAAGGUAAAAAACCUGUUAUGUUAUCAAGUUAAAAAAUUGACCACACACCCAAGGAGUUACCAUAUGUAGUACAUUUAUUGAGAACAUGGGUUGUUUCCUCUGAAUGUGACCUUAAACUGGAGAUGGUCGUACUAACAUAGGCUUUUACAUUACGCUACAAUUGAUGUAAUAUCACCUUGAUAUGAAACUGUUACCCAGUGGAUUUAAGCCUUCAAUUUGUAAGAGAUACUCUUUGGGAUGUAUUAAUUUAUGUUAGAAUGGGUCCCCAAAAAUUGGGGCAUGGCACCCCGAUUCUUUUUAACAUAAUAAUCCAUUAUGGCCGCCAAUACUGAAUGCGAUUUUGGAACGGUGAUAUUACUGUUAAAUAUUUGUUGCCAUUUAUAAUUAAUCAUAUUGUGUAUUUGUGAGUAGUGGACCAAAGUGCCAGAAAUCUAUCUGUAAACCACUUUUGUUGAACUACUACAUGGAUCACCUUAACAAAUGUCUUUAAAGGGUUAAAAACAUAAUGUUAUCCAGCAAAAAAAAAAAUCACAACACACCCCAGGAGUUGCAUUAUGUAGCUAAUUGAUUGAGAACAUGGGUAAUUUCAAUAUGACUUUAAACCAGAGAUGGUCGUUCUAACAUAGGCUUUUACAUAACCUUGCCAUGUCAAGAAAAGCUAACCACAGUUUUUGUUCACUUAAAAUGUUAGUCUUGUUGGUUACCUAGCUAAAGGAACACAACAGUCAACAUAUACUGACCAAAAAUAUAAACGCAACAUCUAAAGUGUUGGUCCCAUGUUUCAUGAGCUAAAAUAAAAGAUCCCAGAAAUUUUCCAUAUGCACAUUUAAGCUUAUUUUGUCUCAAAGUUUGUGCACCAAUGUGUUUACUUUCCUGUUAGUGAGCAUUUCUCCUUUGCCAAGAUAAUCCAUUCACCUGACUGGUGUGGGAUAUCUAGAAGCUGAUUAAACAGCAUUAUCAUUACACAGGUGCAACUUGUGCUGGGGACAAUAAAAGGCCAGUUUUGUCACACAACACAAUGCCAGUAUGAAAAUGUAUGCACUCACUAACUGUAAGUCGCUCUGGAUAAGAGUGUCUGCUAAAAGACUAAAAUGUAAAAUGUAAUGUCUCAUGUUUUGAGUCAUGCUGACUGCACGGAUGUCCACCAGAGCUGUUGCCAGAGAAUUUAAUGUUAAUUUCUCUACCAUAAGCCGCCUCCAACGUCGUUUUAGAGAAUUUGGCUGUACGUCCAACUGACCUCAACUGCAGACCACGUGUAACCACGCCAGCCCAGGACCUCCACAUCCAGCUUCUUCACCUGUGGGAUCAUCUGAGACCAGCCACCCGGACAGCUGAUGAAACUGUGGGUUUGCACAACAGAAGAAUUUCUGCACAAACUCUCAGAAACCGUCUCAGGGAAGCUCAUCUGUGUGCUCUUCAUCCUCAACAGGGUCUUGACCUGACUGCAGUUCGGCGUCGUAACUGACUUCAGUGGGCAAAUGCUCACCUUUGAUGACCACUGUGACGCUGGAGAAGUGUGAUCUUCAUGGAUGAAUCCCGGUUUCAACUGUAUGGGGUCGUGUGGGCGAGCGGUUUGCUGAUGUCAACAUUGUGAACAGAGUGCCCCAUGGUGGCGGUGAGGUAAUGUUAUGGGCAGGCAUAAGCUACGGACAACGAACACAAUUGCAUUUUAUCGAUGGCAAUUUGAAUGCACAGAGAUACAGUGAUGAGAUCCUGAAGCCCAUUGCCGUGCCAUUACCUCAUGUUUCAGCAUGAUAAUGCACGCCACCAUGUCGCAAGGAUCUGUACACAAUUCCUGGAAGCUGAAAAUGUCCCAGUUCUUCCAUGGCCUGCAUACUCACCACACAUGUCACCCAUUGAGCAUGUUUGGGAUGCUCUGGAUCGACGUGUAAGACAGCGUGUUCCAGUUCCCGCCAAUAUCCAGCAACUUUGCAGAGCCAUUGAAAAGGAGUGGGACAACAUUCCACAGGCCACAAUCAACAGCCUGAAGCGAAGGAGAUGUGUCACGCUGCAUGAUGGUAACACUAGAUACUGACUGGUUUUCUGGUCUACGCCCCUACUUAAAAAAAUAAAAAGUAUCUGUAACCAACAGAUGCAUAUCUGUAUUCCCAGUCAUGUGAAAUCCAUAGAUUAGGCCCUAUUGAAUUCAUUUCAAUUGACUGAUUUCCUUAUAUGAACUGUAACUCAGUAAAAUCUUUGAAAUUGUUGCAUGUUGCGUUUAUAUUUUUGUUCAGUGUAUAAUAUAAAUUCUAGCUAGCUACCCAGCUAACAAAAUGAUGUCCUUAGGGAAAUUGGUAGUGGACCAACAGGGAAUGUUGUGAGGUGCUGGGUAUGCAUAUGCUGGGGAGGCAACUUAUAAUAUAAUAAUAAUAUGCCAUUUAGCAGACGCUUUUAUCCAAAGCGACUUACAGUCAUGCGUGCAUACAUUUUUGUGUAUGGGUGGUCCCGGGGUUCGAACCCACUACCUUGGCGUUACAAGUGCCGUGCUCUACCAGCUGAGCUACAGAGGACAGCAGGCUCAUACUUACUGUAUAGGCAGCACACUUUACCAAAACAGGCACAGUCAUCAAGUUGCUUUGCUUUCAUUGUCAAAACUCCUGAAAGAUGCUUGGCUGUUGGAGUCCACAUGCACUUAUUUUGAUACAUUGAAAGCAAUUAUCAAACCUUCCAGUUCUGGAACAUUGUUCUUGAAUUUUAAAGACUUGUGAUGAUUUUUGACUGUGCGCACAGAACUAGAGAUUUUGGUCUUUCUGUUGAAACAUUAGAGGCCUUGGCACCAUGGUUCUUUGCACUGGACAGAACAAACUACGCAAGGUAGAUUCCUAUCCACAUUCAAGACAUGAAAGCUCUACCGGCUAACAUCAGAGAAGAAUUCUCAGACUUCUGGGUCCUGCCAAAAACACAAAAUAAGUUAUAAUUCAUGCAACUUGACCAAGCCCAUGAGAAAAAUCUAGCUGGUAAAAGGAACAGGGGGAGUCAUUGGACUAACAGAGAACCCCACUGCCUUCUGGAGAUUGAUGGUAGCAGGACCUGAGCAGGCCAGACUACUGGUUGGUUUUCAAUCCCAGAUUUUGAAUGUAGAUUCCCCUUUAACACAAUCUUCAACACAAGCAAAGUUCAUCACACAAAAUACAAGUAGCCAGCUUGUGCCACACCAUCUCAAGCAAGGGGAAUCCAUUCUUAGAUAAAUAUCCAGAGCUUCUGGUUUUGGAUACACACAAUUGUGCAAGCAAAAAUGUCAUUAUCACUGUCUGCACCAUUAAGAAACUAGGCACUUUUCAAUAUCAUAUACACUGAGUGUCCAAACAUUAAGAACACCUGCCAUCACAUAGACUGACUAGGUGAAUCCAGAUGAAAGCUAUGAUCCCUUAUUGAUGUCACUUGUUAAAUCCACUUCAAUCAGUGUAGAUGAAGGGGAGGAGACCGGUGGAAGAAGGAUUUUUAAGCCUUGAGACAACUGAGACAUGGAUUGUGUAUGUGUGCCAUUCAGAGGGUGAAUGGGCAAGACAAAAUAUUUAAGUGUCUUUGAACGGGAUAGGGUAGUAGGUGCCAGGCGCACCGGUUUGUGUCAAGAACUGCAAUGCUGCUGGGUUUUUUAACACAACAAUUUCCCGUCUGUAUCAAGAAUGGUCCACCACCCAAAGGACAUCCAGCCAACUUCACACAACUGUGGGAAGCGUUGGAGUCAAAAUGGGCCAGCAUCCCUGUGGAACACUUUUGACACCUUGUAGAGUCAAUGGCUUGAGGCUGUUCUGAGGGCAAAAGAGGCAGUCACAAAAGAGAAAAAGCUAAUAUCAGUAUAAAAAGUGAUUGCACACUUUUCAGCCAACUUUACAUUGCCAGCAAGUUCCGAAAUAGAAACCUGGACAAGUUUUUCUCUCAUGAGAAUAACCUAUGUCCUCCAGUCCUUUUUUAAAUACCGGAAUGCUUAACCUGGCAACCCCAAAAUCUGAUCUGCUAGGACUGAUCGCUGCAGAUUCCUACCUACCUGUGCCCCUCUUCUUUUGAUGCCAAAAUCAUUGACAGAGUUGUCAUUGUCCAUUCCUUGCCUACCUACCAAGUUUCCACAUUUGGAGAAUAUGGUAGUAGUGUCUUCCUGCCUUGGGUAGAGCACCAGUUGAAAAACUGCAAUAGAAUCGAUAUUAUGUGGGACACACAACAAGAGAGAUUCUAGGAAAAGGCGUCCGAAAGAAUGUUGGGUGACGAUCAAACUUCCAUGUAAAUUAUCUGACUUUCUCAGAAAUCCUACUAACAAACAGGAGCUUUUCAAAAUGUUGACACAGACUGUGUGUGCCAAUGAAUUUGAAGAUGGAAUUGAGAUCUACAGUAUGUGAUAAAACAAGCAAUUAUAGUGUAGAGAAUCAUUGUACCAUCUAAACUGCUGUGAAAUAUAUUGUCCAUAACCCAAAAUAUUGUAUUUUUUGCUGUUUGAAGCUGGUGUAUUAAACCAAAAGUAAAAUACGCAAAAACGAACGGGAAGCAUAGAAAUAGCGCACAUAGAACAUAUCUACCGCUUCUUAGACUUGCGUUCAAUGAGAAUGACAGAUCUCUAACUCACAUUUCUAUGUGAAUUUGGUCGGGGCUCCCAAAAAGUUACAUAUUGCAGCAUUAAUUCAAGUGAGCAUGAACUUACCACUUUUGUUUGGUUAGCGGUGUUUCGGUAGCGGACACACACGAUGGAGUUUGCAAAACAAAUGCCCACUGGAUUGAUGCAAAUAAUCAUGAUCCUGCCAGGUAGGCAUAGGCUACUUUGUAGUAGAUAGAAAGCCUUUCCAUCUACCCGAAGACUACAUGCAUUCCCGUGCCAUUGCCUCUUCAGAAAGUUGCAGGGAAUAUGAAUCACUGAUGCAUUCUGUUCGUGUCUUAUGAUAAACUUGGGCAAAUUGAUAAAUGUUCUAAUACAUUCAAUACAUUUAGUUGAUUUCCAAAUGUGAGACACAUUUGAUAGAAGAACCGAAAGUAACAGAAUUCUAGCACCAAACCGUUUUUCAUGUUGUAGUGUCGAAAAAGUACAGAAGUUUCGGGGUACUGUGCAACACUAGGGGCUGCAAAAGUGAGCCCCUCUGUUCUCCGAAAUGUCGAUGCCAGGAUGCUGGAUUAUCAUGUACUGCAUUAUACCAUUGUGCUGGCACAUGUGAACCAGCGCCGUAAGAAUUUUAUUUAUUUAUUUUUAUGAAACUGUCAUUACCGUCUACAUCAGAGGCCAUUUUUAAUUCCGCCUCUUCAUUAAAUUUGCAGUGAGCACCCCUUCUAGGAUGUUUUCAUAGCAUCUGAGAAAUGUUUGUACCAAUGUCAUGCUUUGAUCCACCACGUAAAGUCUUUUUUUCAUUAAGGCCCUGGACUAUGCUCCUAGGGACAUUUGCACAUCAUGGAAGGCCAUGUCCACACCCAUAGAAUGAUGUCCACACCACUCAGGCCUGUUCUACAUUUUCAAAAGGAAAUGGAGAAUUGGCUAUAGUUCAUGUUCUCCAUAACUAACUGUUUGCGUAGCCUACAUUGUAAAUCUUACUCACUUGUAUGUAUUAUAACAAGUAGCCUACAUUGGAAAAAUUCAUGAUUUUUGCUGGCUGAGAAACGCUGCCUGUCUGUCUCGUUCCGACACCCGACAUGCUCAUUACUAUGGGACAGCUGUUAUGAAUAUUGUUGAAUAUUGAAAUAAUGUUCCAAAUGUCGGAGAGACAGACAGCAAGGUUUUCUAGUGACAUUUAUUUGGAUACAUCCGUAACAAUGAGCUAAUGAGGCGCGAUUUUGCCUGUCAUAUAAAAUGUGCUCACUCGUCAGGACACUGUUGUUCGGAGGAGCUAGCUGCACUUUGUUUCGUUUGACCUUUUUUCAAUUGCCAAUUCUUUGUAUAUAUCCAUGAUUUUGACUGGCUGAGAAAAGCUGCCUGCCUGUCUGUCUCAUCCUGAAACCCAACAUGUUCAUUACUAUGGGACAGCUGGAGAUCAAAUUUGAAUAUUGAAACAAUGUUGCAAAUGUUGGAGAGACAGACAGAAAGGUUUAUACAAAUCUCCGCUGUUGAAAACUAAAUGUUAGUCUAAAAGAAAUGUGAGCUAAUGUCUAGAUGCUUUUUAUAAUGGAGAUCAAGUUUAAGUGCCUGGCUGGGCUGAUGAGACAGUGGAUUGCGCGGUCAGAUGGAACAGAGUAAAUAGGCAUUUUAACGUCAUAGAUUUAGCCGGUGGUAACUUGUGGAAUAGACACCGGCUGGAAUGCGGUUUUAACCAAUCAGCAUUCAGGAUUAGACCGACCCAUUGUAUAAACAAAUAUUGUACAUAAAACAUAAAACAUGUCGUUAUAUGCAUAUAAAAUAUUGUUGAAACAAUUGAUUUUCAGAAACUCUUAAAAUGAAUGAUCAAGGAAAACAAAACCUGUAUGUGAAUAUUCUGUGUAAUUAUAUUUGAUAAAUAUUUUUUCAAUAUGGGGAAAAUACGACCUUUCCCAGAUUGCAUUGUUUAACCCUCAAAUUGACCAUGAGGCCUUCGAAAGAAGCCUAACAAACGAAAUGGUUGGUGGAAACAUAAUUGGGUAUUUAAGCUUAAAAUAGUUUAUGAAGAAAGUGAUAUAUUAUUUGGUAUCUGGAAGUGUGACUUGUCAGAUUCAAUCAAACUCUCAUGUUGUCACGCCCUGGCUCUGGGGACUAUUAUAUGUUGAGCCAGGGUGUGUAGGUUUCAUUGUUUAGUUUUCUAGGUUUGUGUUCUAGUUUGUGUAUAUCUAUGUUGGCCAGGGUGGUUCCCAAUCAGAGGCAGCUCUAGCUUGUUGUCUCUGAUUGGGGCCCAUACUUAGGCAGCCUGUUUGGCACUGUUAUUUUGUGGGAUCUUGUUCCGGAAAGUUUGUGUUCAACCCAGGACUUCACGUAUCGUUUGUUUUGUUGUUUUGGUUCGUGUUGUGUACUGCAAUAAAAGAAUGUACGCAUAUCACGCUGCGCCUUGGUCCGCUUCAUCGUGCAACGAUCGUGACACAUGUUCUAUGACUAAGUGGAAUUUAUUUGAAUUGCACUGAAUUAAAUUAUACUUCCUGUCACUCAAAUUCAAGUUCUACCUCCUUUGGGGUGCGGCCAAUUUAAAUUUGAAUUUCAGCUCAUGAGUUGAAUGGGAGUCAAUUCCAAAGUCCUGAAUUGAGCCUAACCCUGAUCCAGAGCGACUUACAAUACAUAUUUCACUAGAAUGCCUUUUUAUUAUCUGAAAGCAUAAGACACUGUGGAUGGCAUGCCAAUGAUGUUAACAGUACAAUACCAAUCAUUUGGUUUUGUCAAAACAGCAAAUAGGUAUAGUACUUGGUUGGCAGGCUCAUAUGGAACAUGUUCGAAAAUGCAUUUUGUCCCACCAAAGCAAAACACAUUUGAUGUUUGACAGUUGGCAAAACAUAUAAUUACUGCAUCUCUCAUCACACUGCAUCUUGUAUUCUGAUUAAAGAUUUCAAAUGUAUUAGUCAAUCACAUCAAAGCAAUGAAUAGUGUACCUUUUCUCACACUCAAUAUUUUACAGUGAUAACUAAUAUUAACAUAUUUUAAGAGCCAUUUACAAUCUCUUGUUUUUCUCCGUAGGUCCUGUGUACUUCAACAUAUUCACUGACUCCUUUAAGUCACCUACCACUCUCAAUGGAAGUGCCUUCUUUAAUGGUACCAAUGGACUCUCAAAAACAAAUGGCCUCUCAAAAACGGUAUGAAGCUUUUCAUAUUUCACAUCACAUAGCCUUUUCUUUUACAUACAAAGAUAGAAAACAUUUCCCCAUGUUUUUGAUAACUAUGCUUGGUUUAUCAGUUGUAUUUAUCAGUAUAUAAUUUAAGGACAAAUUAUGGUUCAGUGGUGAUAAAAAGAAAACAUUCCCUAAAAUCCCAUUUACAGGUUUAGGAGUGGUGGAUAUUAAUUUAAAAGCAGUGCCAUGGUCAUCAUGGGGUAGUAUGUCUGAGACUAAUCUCGGAACCCAGAACCAUAUCUCACAUGGCCAGCUACUCAAUGUAUGUGAACAGUCUGUCAUGAGAGUCUGAGUCAGGUGUAACCAGGUGCUGGAGAUGACUGACUAACCUCAGGAAUGGGUGUGAAUGUGAGAUACUGCUCAGAAGUCUGGGGAGUGUUGUUCUGUUCAAGCAGCUUUCUCUCCAGCACAAGUGAGAAAAUGAGGCAUAUUCCCAUAAUGGCACCUGACUCAUUGUUGAAACAGACAUCUUUGUCUCAAUCAUGUGCUUUCACUUAUCCACCUCACACAUGUGAGGCAUGAUGAGUCCUCCAAACUAUGCCAAGUUUCCACCUCAACCGAGCUCCUUAUUCUUGUUUAUGAACAAAGAGAGAAAGAAAUCCAGAUUGACACUGAACAUAUUAUGUAGAUUAUACUGUAAAUUAUUGUCACCCAUGACCCUUACUAUUACUUAAUACUAUUACUAAUUACUAUUGUCUGUAAAACAUUUCUGACACAUUAUUUACAAAGGAUAUCUCAUACAACUCAGUCACUCACAGUCGGUGAGAAAAACAAGCAUUCACAAAAUGUUCUGUUUGGAUGCAAGUGUGUCCCGGCCUGUCGCAACUGUUUAUGAAAUAUAAAUCUUAUUCUGGAGAGGUGCACACUACAAAUCAUAUAUUAAUAGUUAUCUUUUCCCACUGCCAUCUGCCAAUCAGACAAGUCUAGAAUAGUUAUCAAUAACAAUAGAGUGAUUAAAUGCAGUACACAGUAUUUAUCUUCACCCAAAGUGAAGGUCUAUACCUUUGUGUAUAUUAUGAUUUUGGAAUGAAGUUGGUGCCAGCUGAUUGAAAGUGUUGCAAUAUUCAUGCUUUGUGUCUGCUAGCAUUUACUCAAUUCCUUCGUCCUGCAGCUCAGCUACGAGAAAGGCACUAAGCGAAGGGUCCUGACCUCCAAGGAAUCUACGGUCCAGAGGAACAUGAGUAGCUCCAGCCAGUGGGAGAGACAAUUCCCUCUCAGCCCCACCAUAGGCAAGCGCAACAGCAGCCGCAGUGUGCCUGACCUGGCCCCCUUCCCCACCACCACCCUGCAGCAGCAGCAACUGCAGUCCUCACCCCGUGCCCAGCAGCUCCAGCCCAACAGGUCCAGCUUCUUCCCGACCGAGAGGAGGAGCAGUCAGUUAACCUCCAACGGCUCCUCUCAGGUCGCUGUCAAAGGCAAUGGGGUGCAGAAAAGGAACAGCCAGUUGAUUGGCACGCGUCAGACGAAAAGUAGCGGCCAAAUUACCAGCAGCCAAGCUCGUAUUGAGAGGGUGCCCUCAAACCUCUCUGUGGCCGAGUCCAAGAUAUUGGGGAUCAAGAGCAAGAGUGAAGCGGGGUGAGUGUAAAUGCUGCUUUGGGGUUUGAUGAGUUGCAUUUCAAAUGUUUGUGAACAGCUGUUGAUAUGUGUAUGUGGUUUUUCCCAACAGGAUGAAUGGUAAUGGUCAGAUAGCUGAUAUAACCAUGAAGGAGGCGGUGGAGUGCCUGUCCAGUGGUGAUGAGAACUACCAGCUCUGUGGAGCCUCCUUCAUCCAACACGCUACCUACUCAGAGGACAAGGCCAAGCAGGAGGUGAGGACACGCAUCUGGGUCUCUGGAACCAGGAUUAAACAACUGUCCUGUCCUGAAGGACACUGUCCUGAAUUAGGAUAUCUAACAGCUUUACGUGUCUCUCAGGUGUUGCGGCUAAAAGGGAUCCCCCCUUUGGUGAACCUGCUUAGGAGUCCCAGUCCCCAGGUCCAACAGACUGCCUCGGCCGCCCUGCGGAACCUGGCCUUUAAAGAUGCAGACAACAAGGAGGAGGUCCAGCGCUGUGGGGGCAUCACUGAGGCCCUGGCCCUGCUCCGAGACACAGACUCUACCGAGACACAGAAACAACUCACAGGUAGAGAACACUAUUCUAUUUCUGUACACAACACUUCUCCGUCUAGUGACAUCACAGACUGCUGACGCUUUGCAGACAUGUGCCCCAGUGUGAAUGCAAGCGGGUAUGAAAGGGAAACACGCUUGUGUUGCUUUCUGUUGCCAAAACAUGCAUAUUUACAUUAAAUGUAUUCAUGCCGUAGAGCACAGGAAAACACUCACUAAACACGCUCACCUUAAUCCUGAUCAGAUCCUGCUGUCAGUCACACAGAUGUUCUCUUGUGCUGCAUUGUGCCAGGGGACAUUGAUAGGUGAGACGUUUCACAAUAGGCUGUGUUCUAGAGGCUCUCACUAUUGUUGACUAGCAACAGUACAUAGCUACAGGAUCUUUGCUAUAUAGUGACAAUGACAGAGCGGUACUGGAGUUAAGUGGAAAUUAAACACAAAUUUUGUGCCAACCGUUGUUGUGGAGACUCAAAGGGUGCGCAGGCUUUUGUUCUGUUUCUUAGUUAUGCUUCGGGAAGUACACGCCGUGCCCAUGUCAUGAGAGUUUGAUCAAUGUGCACUGUGUUGGCUAUCUAGUAUUGCUUGUGUUGAAUUAUUGUUUGUUUGUGUUGAGCUUGCUAAGAUCGAUGGUAAUAAUGUCACAUGAGUAGCAGGUACCAUCUAUUUGAACAACUGCUGCUUCUACUACCACUGAACUACUGCAACUUUGUCCUUUCGCUUCAGGUCUCCUUUGGAACCUGUCGUCUGCAGACAGUCUGAAGCCAGAGCUGGUGCGUAGUGCUCUGCCUGUCCUGACUGAGACUGUGGUAGUACCAUACACAGGAGAUGAGACAAACAACAACCAGGACCCAGAGGUCUUCUACCAUGCUACAGCAUGUCUACGGUGAGACACAACAAUCAAUACUGUAGACAAGGAGUGCACAUUGCACAGAUGUAUACUGGCAGUUAGCCAGGAGGUUAGAGAGACAGACAAUUAACUGAGAAUGUGCAGGGCUAAUGAUGACAGAUGCCAGGUACCAUCUACGCUUGUUUUGGCAUUGAGCGAAGCACUUAACUAAAUUUGCUCCAGAGGCACUGCACUGACUGAACCUGUAGCUUACUCUCUAUACUACUCCUAGCCUCUUAAGUUGUGUCUGUGCCAUCUCAGAGGAUUGGGUGAAUAGCAGAAUACAAAUUCUAACUGUCACUAAUGGAUGGAAGUACUGUUUUUUUCAAUUCUGUAUUGUUCUCCACUGUGAGACUACACAAUUCUGGCCUGACCUGCCUUUACCUGAUAUAUGACAAGAACAGUUUAACUUCAUUUUCCCCGACUGUCCCAACAGAAACCUGAGCUGUGCAAAGCAAGUCAACAGGCAGGCCAUGCGUAACUGUCGAGGCCUCGUCGACUCACUGGUCAGUUACGUCCAGGGUUGUGUGGCUGCAGAGAGGCCAGAUGACAAGGUGAGCAUGCAACAUUUAAUUACUUCAACUAAAGUUGAAAUAAGUAAUGUUGAAUUCAUGGAAUGUAAUUAUUCAGCAAAAAUAGAAAGUAUAGUUCUAACUGCAUGUGAACAUUUCAUGGAAUACAUUUUCUCCAUUGGUUAAAUAUUUUUUGGUACCUACUUUUUAACUUGGAGUUGGAUGGAUCAUACUAUGAACAUGUGUGUGCUACAAUACAGAUACAGUACAUGCUAAACUAACCAAGCCUUUAAUACUCUGCCUCUGUCUGUGUCAGUCUGUGGAAAAUUGUGUGUGUGUCCUGCACAACCUGAGCUUCCAGCUGGAGAGUGAGGCCCCGGCCCUGUUCAGCAGGAUCACUGCCUUGGCCAGGACCCCCAGCAGGGCCAACGCCCCCAGUGAGACCGGCCCCAUUGGGUGCUUCAGCCCACAGAGCAGCAAGGUCCAGGAGCAGGAGGUGAGACCGGCAUAUAGGUCAAAUAAAAUCCAGGGAGAACGGAGAAAGACGGAUACACAAUAACAACAUAUAGUAUUGAAUGAACUAUGCACUUUUUAUCAUUACACACAGCAAUUACAUGUACAUCAACUUCCAUCAUAUAUUUUCGAAAAAGUCCCCACCUACAUAAUCUGAUGAUUGAUAAUAACUUGGUCCUCCUCUUUUUACUCCUGUAGAGUCACUUUGACUACCCUGUGAUGGAGGAGCAGCACCCUACAGGAGCAGGCUGGCUCUUCCACUCCAAGACCAUGCAGAGUUACCUGUCUCUGCUGGGGUCCAGCCAGAGAGAAGACACCCUGGAGGCCUGCUCUGGAGCCCUACAGAACCUCACUGCUUACCACGGCAUUGUAUGAACAACAAUCGUCAUUUGGAUUAUUUCAUUAUUUAUUCACACAAAAAGUCUUUUAAAUGCACCAAAUGUAUAGAGAAAAACAUGCACCAAAUGUGUGUAGAAAAACAACAUUCAAAUCAUGGUCCCACUUCAAACAAAAACUUAAUAUGCUUUAUAAACCCUUCAUAGACCCUUUAUAAUGCCUUCAUCUCUGUGUCCACAGGUAUCUAGUGUGAUGAGCCAGAGCAUCGUGCAGAAGCUGAACGGCCUGCCUCACAUCUCUCCCCUGCUGCAAUCCUCCAACCCCAGCCUCCAGAAAACUGCUGUGUCUCUGGUAGGAAACCUGGCCAAGAACCAACGCCUUCAGAGCACCAUGGGUGAGCAUGGACACCAAUCAUAGCCCUGUUCUUUGUAGAAUAGAUAGAUCCUAUUGGUUGGAGGCAACCUUGUUUCAAUGAUUGUGUAGUUUGCAUUGAGAGCAACAUCCCGCAGGGUCAGUUUAGCUAAGAACAUUUUCUCCUGGUAUUUUAAGGCAGCCCCCCCCCCCCCCCCCCCCCCCCCCCCCCCCUCUCUGAUUCUAAGGGGUUGGGUACUUGGGUUAAAUGCGGAAGACACAUUUAGGUUGGAUACAUUAAGUUGUGCAACUGACUAGGUAUUCCCCUUUCCAUUUACUUUCCCCUUCCCUUCAGAGAGGAUUAAACAAGAAAACAUUUACAUUUAAUUUACACCUGACCUUUAGUUGUUUUAGCUUUUAACAUUUUGUUGUUGAAUUAGCAACACUUCAUAGAGUGCGUUUGCUGGAGGUGAAUGACCUAAUGGGAUGUGUCUUGUCUGAAGCCCGACAGACCUUGCCAGAGCUAGUUGGCAUCCUCAGCUCAUGGACCAAGGAAGAGACGCAGUGUGAUGACACCCUGGCCAUGGCAUGCCAAACCAGCCACAGUCUGCUGGUGAAGGAGCCUGAGCUGGGGAAACCCCUGCUGACCAACAACCUGGUCAACUCACUUAACGACCUGAGCAAGAAGAGGUAAGGCCUGGUCGUUAUUUUGUAUUACAAAAAAAUUAAAUGUGGGAGGUAGUUAGUCCUGCGGCUAAGGGGUUUGACCUGUGGCUGAAAAGUGUCCGGUUCGUAUCCAUCCCUACGCUAUGGAGUUUUAAGAUAAACCUUUUAGAAAUGGUUUAUGGGCAAAAUGCUUUAAAACUGCACAUGCUAAAAGAAAGUAUAACUGUAUCAAUUAACGUUGGUCAUCUAUUUUAUUCCUUUUACUGUUUCCUCCAUAUUGAUGAGAUGUAUUUGAGAUGUAUUUUGUUUUCGUGUUAUAUUGUGUAUAUAUAUUUCUUCAUGUAUUUUCAAGAGGACCACAAUGGAAAUACAUGUUUAAACUUUUUGUGUCAUCCUCAAUGAUUUUAAUGUCAUUGUACUGAAUCCACAUGUGUGGUUGUAUUGUUUUAAAAAAAAAAGAUCCCCUCCCAUUCCCCUACCGUUAGGCCCUUGAGCAAGGCCCUUAACCCUACAACAUGCUCUCCAUCCAGGGGCACUGCACUGCAGCUUGACCCUGUGCUCAUCUCAACUGUAUGUGUGAUGUGUGCUGUCUGGGGCGGGGGUUGAGAACGGAGCAGAAGACAAAUUUCCGUUGUUCCCUGUAACUAGUAGACAAGAAAUUAGAGCAGUUUGUAAUAUACAAUACUAUGUCAAGAAAAAAGGAAAACAAUCUAACAGUGGUGGGCUGCCCCUUUGGGGACUUUCUAAAGAACCCAGAUAACAGAGCUUUGAGUUUGAGCGUAACAGAAAGCAUACCCCAGUCUUACAGGGAUUGUUCUUUCUCUUGAUAGGGAUUUCCCAAAGGCCAGCAAAGCUGCAGGUGUGCUCCUCUACAGCCUCUGGUCAGAGAAGGAUGUACAGAGUUUCCUAAAAAAGGUAAGAAUUUUGGGCCGAUAUUUCAAACAAAUUCUGUUAUUGUAAGAUGCAAUGUGAUAUCCCUGUUGCAGAUAUUUACCUAUUUUGUCGACUAUGCUUUUACCUACCAGUUUACUCCUCAAUACCAAACGAUAGCGAAGACAACAUGUGAUUGGGUGGGUUUUAAAAUAGAGGCAAUAGAAAGGACAAUCUGAAUAGGCAGGCUUAGUUAACUUUUUUUUUUGAAUAGGCAGGCUUAGUCAGGUCAAAGACGGUAAUCUGUAUGAUGACUCAUCACCCCUUCCCCGAAGGUGGUUGAUAUUACUGGUUAUGUUUUGUUGUUGUGAAAAUGCAGAGUAGAGAUCCACAGUAUUUGUCUGUACUCGACUGGGUGGGGUGUGUCGAGGGUGUGUUGAGGUAAUUUAUUUCCUCAGUUCUGUGAACCUAAUGCCCAGUCAGGUAAUUUUCCAAAACAGUGGAGAUCGGAUGGAAGGAUUACGUUCUGUUUGGUGGGAGAAUACAGUAUUCUGUACACCUGAAAAAGAUGAUAUACACAGGAACCGUAGAGGUGCUGAAAUGGUACAGCCAAGGAAUCUAGGGAAACAGGUUCGACAGUGCUAGGCUCUGCAGACCUUUUCAUCUUUAACUAAUACUGACUAUAGUGCCUAGAUCUCUUCCGUCAGUUACUUGACAUUUCAGCUUCACUUGGCCAACACUUGGUGAGAAACCUGCUGUGAGCUAGUACCUGUAACUAUGCCAUAACUUAUUUUUUUGUCAAGGAAAAAAAGUCAGCAUCAAUGGGGAAAUCUAAUGUCUAUUUAAUAAUUUGUCCUACAGCAAGGGAUGAAUAAGGGUUCCUUUGUGAACGACAUCACCAGCGCGGCUCACAGGUCUGUGCAGGUCGUUGAGUAACAGGACCGCUGGCAUGGACCUCCGGAUGUACUAAUGAACUAGUGGACCUAUACACCUACUACGGUACAUAUCAGAUUGGGUCCAGUUAAUCUGAUUGCAACAUUUUUACUUUAGAUUUUAAAACAAUGCAUAGCUAGUCAGAUUGCCUAUCCAUUAUGUUUAGUUUUGUCAUUUAUCUUACAUCAGUAUAAAGGUUUAAUCAUGUACCUAUAUUUCUGUUAUUUUCUGGGCUCUUUUGUGUUUACU